AUUCAGAAUGGAAGUAGCCCAAAACUACCCAGCUCCCAGGACUAGCAGGGCAGGACACGGAGGAGUGAAUCAACUCGGGGGAGUUUUUGUUAAUGGCAGACCCCUUCCUGAUGUAGUCCGGCAAAGGAUUGUGGAACUUGCCCAUCAAGGUGUAAGACCGUGUGACAUAUCUCGGCAGUUGCGGGUCAGCCAUGGAUGUGUUAGCAAAAUUCUCGGCAGGUACUAUGAAACAGGAAGCAUCAAACCUGGAGUGAUUGGAGGAUCCAAGCCAAAGGUUGCAACACCCAAGGUGGUAGAGAAAAUUGCAGAGUACAAACGUCAGAACCCCACCAUGUUUGCAUGGGAAAUUAGAGACAGAUUGUUAGCAGAGAGGGUGUGUGACAAUGACACCGUGCCCAGCGUCAGUUCCAUUAACAGGAUCAUCAGAACCAAAGUUCAACAGCCAACAAAUCAGCAAGUUCCUCCCUCCAAUCAUAGCAUAGCUUCUACAGGAUCAGUGACUCAGGUCUCCUCAGUAAGCACAGAUUCAGCAGGGUCCUCCUACUCGAUCAGUGGAAUUUUGGGAAUUACUUCUUCAAACGCUGAGACCAACAAGCGCAAAAGAGAUGAAGGUAUUCAAGAAUCUCCUAUACCAAAUGGUCAUUCACUCACAGGAAGAGACUACCUUCGGAAACAGAUGCGAGGGGACCUCUUCACUCAGCAACAACUAGAAGUAUUGGACCGAGUAUUCGAGAGACAGCAUUACACAGAUAUAUUUUCCACCACCGAACCUAUUAAACCAGAACAGCAGGUCCGUUGGCUCCCACGUUUGGAACAGGUUGAGAUUUCCAGUGGCUCGGCAGCUCAGUGGCGCGAUUUUCGACUUGCUCUUCAUCAUGAGCCCCACAGCCGAACCUCGACAUCUGAAUACUCCAUGGCAUCGUUAACAGGUGGUUUGGAUGAAAUGAAAUCCAGUCUAACAAGUCCAUCCUCGGCAGAUAUAGGCGGAACAGUUCCUGGACCACAGUCAUACCCUAUUGUGACAGGUCGUGAUUUGGCAAGCACAACCCUCCCCGGAUACCCUCCACAUGUCCCCCCUGCCGGCCAGGGUAGCUACUCUGCUCCAACGCUGACAGGAAUGGUACCUGGAAGUGACUUCUCUGGGAGCCCAUACAGCCAUCCUCAAUACUCUUCAUAUAACGAUUCUUGGAGAUUCCCCAAUCCUGGUUUACUAGGUUCUCCAUAUUAUUAUAGUGCUGCCCGUGGAGCUGCGCCCCCUGCCACUGCCACCGCAUAUGACCGCCACUGACAUAAUACGACGAACACUUAAGCACUUAAUUAUACAUAUAUCUUUUGCGGAAAUCAUACAACAAUAAAAAAACAACAUUAAUGAAAUGUUUGAACAUGAAAAUAUGAAAUAUGUCAGAUUGGCAAAAUGAAUAUUUCUUCUUCGACAUCUUUUUUUCUAUCAUGCAAGAUCAACUAAUUUCAAGCUCUGGACAGUGUUGUUCUUUUGACAAUGUCAUCGCAAUGUUCAUUAUGAAGCCUGAAAAUAAAAUGGUGAAAAUGUGACCUUGGUUAUCCUGGGACAAAUGAAAAACAGAUAACCAAUACACUUGAUUAUGUUGUACUUAUUAUACUUCUUAUUCUGGCUUUGAUCUUCUUGGUCGAAAGAGGUCUAACCUACGCAUAGAGGCCCCAUUGUAAAUUAUAUGCUUCUUUGUGAUACUUAUGAAAGUGUUUUAGCAUAAACAGCAACAUGGUAAAUGUUUGUAAUUCAGAAUGCUUACAGCACACUAUCUUUUAUAAAAUGCUGCACUGAUUCAUGGAAUUCAGUAAGCUUUAACCAACCGUUAAACCAGGUUACAUUUCUUAUGGCAACAAUUUGGGCAGAUGUUAAUGUCUGUUUGUGUGUGUGUGUGUGCAUAUGUGUGUGAAAGUCAUU